UUGUUAACAUGGCGGCGGGAGCUACCGGCACGUCUCCAAGAGACGGCGGGGCCCACACCCGGAAGACGGGUCUCUUUUCGGCCUAGCGCGGCGGCCGCUGUGGACCCGGAAGUCCGGGCCGCUUGCUGAAUGAGGGGAGCCGGGCCCUCUCCGCGCCAGUCCCCCCGCGCCCUCCGCCCCGACCCGGGCCCCGCCAUGUCCUUCUUCCGGCGGAAAGUGAAAGGCAAAGAGCAAGAGAAGACCUCAGAUGUCAAGUCAGGUAAAGCUUCAAUAUCCGUACAUUCCCCACAAAAAAGCACUAAAAAUCAUGCCUUGCUGGAGGCUGCAGGACCAAGUCACGUUGCAAUCAAUGCCAUUUCUGCCAACAUGGACUCCUUUUCAAGUAGUAGGACGGCAACACUUAAGAAGCAGCCCAGCCACAUGGAGGCCGCUCAUUUUGGUGACCUGGGCAGAUCUUGUCUGGACUACCAGACUCAAGAGACCAAAUCAAGUCUUUCAAAGACCCUUGAACAAGUCUUGCGUGACACUGUUGUCCUCCCUUAUUUCAUUCAAUUCAUGGAACUUCGGAGAAUGGAGCAUUUGGUUAAGUUUUGGUUAGAGGCUGAAAGUUUUCACUCUACAACUUGGUCCCGAAUAAGAGCACACAGUCUGAACACGGUGAAGCAGAGCUCACUGGCUGAACCUGUCUCUCCUUCUAAAAAGCACGAAACUACAGCAGCUUUUGUAACCGACUCUCUUGACAAGAGAGUGGAGGAUUCUAGCUCAGCCCAGUUGGAAGGAAUUGACCUGAAUAAUAGAACUAGCAACACUCAGAAUCACUUGCUGCUUUCCCAGGAAUGUGACAGUGCCCAUUCUCUCCACCUGGAAAUUGCCAGAACAGGAGCUCAUCGAGGUUCCGUGGAAACCCAGGAAUCCUCCAGACUUAUAGUAGCCAGUAGAAAUAGUCCCUCUUCUCCACUAAAGGAAUUAUCAGGAAAAUUAAUGAAAAGUAUAGAACAAGAUGCAGUAAAUACUUUUACCAAAUAUAUAUCUCCAGAUGCUGCUAAACCAAUACCAAUUACAGAAGCAAUGAGAAAUGACAUCGUAGCAAAGAUUUGUGGAGAAGAUGGGCAGGUGGAUCCCAACUGUUUUGUCUCAGCACAGUCCAUAGUCUUCAGUGCAAUGGAGCACGAGCACUUUAGUGAGUUUCUGCGAAGUCACCAUUUCUGUAAAUACCAGAUUGAAGUGCUGACCAGUGGAACUGUUUACCUGGCUGACAUUCUCUUCUGUGAGUCAGCCCUCUUUUAUUUCUCUGAGUACAUGGAGAAAGAGGACGCAGUGAAUAUCCUACAGUUCUGGUUGGCAGCAGACAACUUCCAGUCUCAGCUUGCUGCCAAAAAGGGCCAGUAUGAUGGGCAGGAGGCACAGAACGACGCCAUGAUUUUAUAUGACAAGUACUUCUCCCUCCAGGCCACACAUCCUCUUGGAUUUGAUGAUGUUGUACGACUGGAAAUUGAAUCCAACAUCUGCAGGGAAGGUGGGCCACUCCCUAACUGUUUCACCACUCCGUUACGUCAGGCCUGGACAACCAUGGAGAAGGUAUUUUUGCCUGGCUUUUUGUCCAGCAACCUUUAUUAUAAAUAUUUGAAUGAUCUUAUCCAUUCGGUUCGUGGAGACGAGUUCCUGGGAGGAGGUGUCUUGCUGACGGCUCUGGGCUCUGCCGGCCCCACUGAGGACUCCCACCCCGGGUCGGCCGACAGCUCUGCUGUGCAGUCUAGUGUGAAAAAAGCCAGUGUUAAAAUUCUGAAAAAUUUCGAUGAAGCGAUAAUUGUGGAUGCUGCAAGUCUGGAUCCAGAAUCUUUGUAUCAACGGACAUAUGCAGGGAAGAUGACAUUUGGAAGAGUUAGUGACUUGGGGCAGUUCAUCCGAGAAUCUGAGCCUGAACCUGAUGUAAAGAAAUCGAAAGGAUCCAUGUUCUCUCAAGCUAUGAAGAAAUGGGUGCAAGGAAAUACUGAUGAGGCCCAGGAAGAGCUAGCUUGGAAGAUUGCUAAAAUGAUAGUCAGUGAUGUUAUGCAGCAGGCACAGUGUGAUCAGCCGUUAGAGAAGUCCACAAAGCUAUGACUCAAGACCUGAGAUAAAGGAAAUCUGCUUUUGGAAAAUAGGAGAACUUUUUUCCUUUGGUUGGAUUCUUCCCCACAGCCAGUGAAAACAGAGCACUGUAUUUCUUCUCACUGUUGUUCCCAAGAAAGAAUGGCAGACAAUCCUAGACUUCCACCGUCGGCAGAGUGUCGCGUAGACACAUCUGCACAUGUUGAUCACACAGUGAAGGUUGUAGAGACAGAGUGGUGUUGUUUACAUUACUAGAGAAUUACUAGUUUUCCAAUGGCAAUAACCCAUGUGUGGAAGAGUGUUACUCCACUGGGAUAGGCAGGGGCCACACGCCAUGGGAGACGCAGAGGCGUAGAGCUGGUAUUUGAUGCACCUCCCUUGGCGGUGACCCACCCCAACAGCAUCAGACAGCGGGUACCAGAGGGGCCUCGCUUGGUCUCCUGAACAGGCAGGUGAGUCGGCCCCUCAGGAGCCAGGCAGUGCGGCGCCAGCAGGUGGCUUUUCUUCCGGGGAGCGGGGUCUGCACAGAGGCGUCAGUUUGGGAGGAAGCUCACGGGCCGUGAGUCAAGUCUUGGUGACGUUGUCCUCCCCUUUGGUGACAGUGUAUGGUUUUCACGUUUUAAUUGCUCCUGAGACGCAGUACUCUUAAAACCAGCUCCCCCGCUGCCGGAAGGGCGAGCCUCUGCACUGCAAGUGGUAGGACUUGCUCCUCCGAGAUUCUGGGCUCCGGUGACGUCACCUCCCCUCAGAGUACUUGUGGAAAGGGAUGUGCAGCAGCCAUCACUCCAGUUUUCCCCUGUGGUUCCUUGAACAAAAUGUUUAUUCCCAGAUUGUAGAGUUUUUAAAGAAGGUGGGCGGGCAGGUGUGGAGACAGAGAGGCACUCAGUUCUGACUCUCUCCUCUUCUUUGCUCUGCGCUGGGAAAUGUGCAGGUUGUGGCCUUUUUCUUCUGUCUGUGGGGUAACGAGAGGCCCCUCCCUGCACUUCCACUUGGUCAGCUUCAGGGUCUGGACCUCGCUGCCAUGGGCGGGGCCGCCCUGUCGGCCAGCACACUCCAUGCAGGCAGUGCCAGUGCUGCCUCACCACACGGACUGUUGGAGGGAAAGCACGUUCUCUUAGGUGUUACUGCUUUUGCUCAGACUUUGCAAAAAAUACAUAUAUACACAUAUGAAUAUAUAAUUAUCACCUCUGUCCUUGAGAAAGUCUUGAAUGAACAGAGAAUUUAUUCCACUGCAAUAUUUGGUUGUAUAGAAAUGCACUGUUUCAUCAACAGAAGAAGCAGAAAGGCUGUGUAUGAGUUUUUGGUACUAUGUACCACCUUUGUUAUUCUUCUAAAGUGAAGUAUUCAUGUACUUAAACCAUAUUCUAUUUAAUUGUGUUUGAUUUUAAAAUAUAUAUAUAUGAAUUAUAUUUAAAAUUGUGUCAACUUUCUGCUUUCAGGGCAUUUAUGGCUCCUCUGUUGGGAUGUGUUGAUUCUUCCCAAUAUUUCCAUUUGCUUUACAAGAACCCAGAACAUGAGCCACUCCUGGACUCAGCCUUGUGUUUGGAGCGUAUGGCAUAGACCUGAGGUGUUAUUAGAUGCAUAUGCUGUGAUUGACUCACUUUGUUCUUUUAACAGAAUAUUUCCAUCCACUUCACUUUGCUUCAACCUUUAAAUAACAGAAAAGCAAUAUAAAGGUCAUAGAAUAAACUGUGGUUUUGGGUGA